CUCCUACAGAAUGGGGAUUCCAUUUUCCUUUCAUUAUGUGCCUUGGAACAAUCUUUCAUCCUUGAGUCCAGAACCUUUCAUUAUUAUCACCAUUUUACGGAUCAAGAAUCUGAAGUUCAGUAAGGUUAUACAAGUUCAAGUUCAAGUUCACAGAGUUAUUAGUAACAGAUCUGGGUUUCAGAUCUAUAGUAAGUAAUUCCAUCAUCCACAUUCUUGGUUGUCCAUUUGGUUUUCAGUAAGACACUUGAUGGAUCUUCCUGAGUUACCUUCACACUUUGCGGGAAUAGAACAUUCUGUGGUUCCUCUUAUUGAGUGGUACAGGUCCCUCUGCAGUUCAGAAAUGCUGAAAGUGUUCCCUGGAUACUUGUUCCGCCUCUAGCAUGAAAUAUACAGAAGGAACAAUGAAGACCCCAAAGAGACUCUGUUCUCAAAGUAGGCUGCGUAAUUCCCUGUUGUCUUCUCACUGUCCUGCAGGAGCCUUUUUUCUACAACCUUGAUGUUCUGUUCUUUUGAUGGUAUCAGAUGCGGCCAUUAUGGUUGUGGUUAACUGGGGGCAUCACUGGCUCCUGAGUUCCCACCCAGAAAGUAUUAGGGUAAAUCAAAGUGGCCAAGUCCAUGAUAACACAAGUGAUGUCUAUGGCUUGUGUGAAGGAGAAGGAUCUGACAGCUCAUCUUACAUUUGUGUAUGUUGCAUAUUGGUUUUCUUUAGCGAGGUCUGUGGGCUAACUUGUGUAAGACAGAAGAUGUUAUUCUGUAUGGAGAUAAGAGAGCAGAGGAUGAAAUAAAUACCUGACCCCUCAGAGGAUGUUUUCAGUUAAAGAGUUUCUGAGUAGCCACUUGAAAUAAAGGAAAUUUCCAGGAAUAGAAGGAGGUGGGAAGAAAUAAAGGGCAGAAUAUUACCACUUCCUUGUUUCCACUAAAGGGCCUGCUUAGGCAAAGCACAGUCUGUAUGACAGCUGCCUUAUAAAAACUUGCUGAGUGAAUGGAUGAAUGUUAAAUUCUGGACUUUCUUACAUGGUAGCUUCCAAUUGCGGCGAAGUUGUUCCAGCUGGGUGCCAUAGAGGGCCAGGACAUAGCACACCUUUCUUUUAGAUCCUAGAAGCUAGGAUGUAUGAUCUACACUGCUUGGAUAAGAUGAGCCUCUGGCAGUUCCGUUUAUCCAGAGGCAAAAGGAUGCCUACAACUAGAGCAGUCUUUUGGGUUCCAACAAAGAACAUGUAUAUUGCCUAAGGAAACAAUGCUUCCUCUUAUAAGGUGCACUGGCUCCUCUGCUCUGAAGAGGGCUGUUCCUGGAAAUGUGCUCUAGAGACCUUCCUAUUUAAGCAGGAUACAAAUUGCAUUGUUAUGCAAUUCCCCUGCUGAGGGCCUGAAAAGAGUGAGUUGGGACAGAUACAGCAAGAUAUUAGGGCAGAUUUCCCCCAUUAUUCUUGUUGCAUGGCACAGAAGGGAACUUGAUUUCCAGGAGAUGACCCAAUUUUUAGCAUACUUUUCUACCCAUUUUACCCGUAACUCUCCCAAAUUUGGUUGGAACUGUACAGAGAAACAAUAAAAUUAAAAAAGAUAAACU